AUGAAACUUGGUUUGCUCAAUGUGAGGUCGUUGUCAAACAAGUCAGUGGUAAUCUAUGAUGCCUUGUUGCAUAACAAAAUUGAUGUUAUGGUGCUUACAGAAACAUGGCACAGAGCGUCAAAUGAUGAAUCGGUAAAAUCUGCUUUGCCACCAGGCUAUGGGUACGUUGAUGCCGUCAGGGAAUUUGAUCCAGCUCAUGGUGAUCUCGAUGGCAAAUACACCAGUCAUUCUGAUGGCGAUAUAUCGUCCGGGCUCAAAAGGUGCCAUGUGGUUGAGGGACUGAUUGUGAAUACCGUUCCGUUGUUGAUAGCUGGUGAUUUUAAUAUUCAUCUAGAGGACGCUGAUGAUUUAAAUGCGAGGCGGAUGGAAGAUUUUUUUGCAACAUUUGAUAUGAUCAGGUUUGUGCAUGGUCCAACUCACGUCAAAAAUGGAACAUUAGAUUUUGUGGCUGCUACAUCGAGUUACGAGAUUACUGAUGUCACCGUGGGAACACCAGGAGAAUUUUCGGACCAUGCCCUUAUAACGUGUUUGUUGCCCAUGCAAAAGGACAAACAAAGGCCAAAUCAAAUAAUAAGAAGAACUAUUGAAAUAAAUGGCUAUAGUAGCGUCAACAACAACACAGCUUCUUUAGGGCAUGACAUUAUUACAACUAUCCAAACUCCUAAAGAAGACCAAAGUAAGCAACCACAAACAUCUCCAAGCCACAACACGCCCACCAACAGCAGCAGCAGCAGACCUCGUGUUGUUGGAUCAGGACGACUGAUCGACAAAACUCACAACAGCAGCAAACAACAACCUCGCAGCAGCAACAGUUACAACACAAAGUACAAACACAACAGCAUCGCCAGUAAGCUACAUCACAAUCAUUUUCCAACCAGCGGUACCAAGCCGAACAAAAUCAAACCCAACAUUAACAAUUCGGCCAUUAUCACCACUACUAUAAGUACAAGUCCAGAAAAGCCCCUGAAGUCAAUAUUGAAAAAACCCAGCCCGGAUAAAAUUGGCAAAAAAAGUGAAAUCAGCGGUGACGUCAUACUGGCCGUCAUCACGACUCCAGGAAACGACGCUGAGGAUGGUGAUAGCUAUGAUAAUCAGGUUGCUCCUGCUAUAAAUAGGUAUGACCUGAAGAAGGAAGCGGCCAUCUGUGAUUGGUUGGAACAGUCCGAACAGUCUAUAAAGAUGGAAAACAAUAAUGAUGAUGGUGAUGACAAUGACGAAGAGGAAUGGGAAGAUGUUGACGACGAUGAAAAUAUCAACGCCGACGACGCUAGCAACCAUGAUGAUGAUGAUGGCGACUACGAUGAUGAUGCAAUCAAAAAUAAGAAAAAAUUAUCAAGGAUUGACUGUGCAGUUGAACACGGCAGCAAAGAGACCAAUGCGAUUAAUAUCGAUAUUAUAGAUGAUAAUGAAGAAAGUGAAGAAGCAUUUGAGAAAUUCAUUGAAGAGAAUACUCUGCACGUUGACAUCAAAUCUCCAGUUAUCUGUGAUUGGGCUUCCGAAAUGGACAAACUCAGCCAAGAAAGAAAAAAAGAAGCACAGUUGGAACAGAAGGAUGAAAAGGGUUAUGAGAAUAACGAAAGCAAAACCUCAUUCAAUCAUAGCCUGAGUAUCUCCGAAAGUGCGGCCUCUGACGUCGAAAAAAGUUUCAACAACAUGCCGGACGAAAAUUAGUUUUGAGUUUUUGGGUGUUUUGUAAGGUUUUACCUUACGCCAUCGAUAUUAUGUUCUUUUAAUUAUUUAUGAGUGAAUUAUUUUUCCGUUGUUUACUUUCUUAAGAUAUUUUUACGUUAACUUCUUUUUUCGUUCAUGUUAAUGAAGUUACGAACUGACAAUUAUUCUAAAUCAUUGAUAUUAUGCAGAAGUUUCACGUAUUUUUUGAGCCAAUCAUGUUUUCAAUGUUGAUUUUUGUUAAACUUCUUCUAACAUUUCAUUUGUAUAUUUAUUCAAAUUUAGUAAUUUUCUUACAAAAGCCUCUUGCAUUACAAACGUUUUGAACACAAGCUACCUGCCUAACAGAACUGCUUAUUAAGAAGAAUCAUCUAAAUUACGUUGCAUUGCAAUUACCAUUAUUAACUUGAAUAGCAUGUUUUCAUUAACUUAUCUAGAAUUUUUAUAUUAUAUUUUUACAUCAAUAAACUGAAAGAAAA